GCUUUUACACAGCACAGUCUGCUGGCAGCCUUAGGAGGAAGGCCUUUUGUAUGCACUCAGGUUGGAGAGUCUCAAAUAGCAGGAAAAUGAUCUGCACAUGGAAGGAAGAGCUGAGGUUAUCCUUUGUUUCUAGAAUGGCCAGAUGAUAAAAUAACAUUUAAAAGAGGAGGGGAAGAAUGAUAUAAAAAAACAAACAAGAAAAACAGGAACUAAUCUUAGUGGAUGGAUCAUCUCAAUGCUGAGCGCAGCUGAGGUUCUUUGUCCAGGCAGCUUUUGACUGCAGCAGACUAGGUGCAAGCAAGCUCUCCUGGGACACGAAGAAGCUCUCGGGUCUGCCCUGAUGCUUGAUGCUCACCUUGCCAAGGAAAAUGCAAAAUAACGAAGUGUUGAAACCAGCUAAGUACUUUUCUGAGUUGGAGAAGAAUGUUUUGCUGGCUCUGGUAGAAAAGUACAAAUAUGUACUGGAAUGUAAAAAAAGUGAUGCUCGUACUAUUGCUCUAAAGCAGCGCACCUGGCAAGCUCUAGCACAUGAGUACAAUUCUCAGCCUAGUGUGUCUUUGAGGGAUUUCAAACAACUAAAAAAAUGCUGGGAGAAUAUCAAGGCAAGGACCAGAAAGAUAAUGGCUCAUGAAAGAAGAGAAAAGGUGAUGCGCUGUGGACUUGGAUCCAGUAGUAUAAAAGAGAAGGUUGCAAGUAUGAUUCCAGAUCAGAUCUACUAUUUACAGACACCAUCAGAGGAGGAAAGCACAUAUAAUCAUGAAACCUCCACUACAGGUUUAGAAACGGACAGCAAGAAAGUUAACCUUUUAGAUCUUGAACUUCUUAUUGAUGAACAAGGCAAGAUCCAGACCAAACAAUACAACAAAGCACCGGAAACAGAAUCACUGUGUGGUGAAGAAGGCUCACCUUCCAGUUCUGUAGAGAAAGUGUUUCACAAAGGAGAUCUUGAAAUUCUCAUUGAUGAACAAGGCAAAAUCCAAACCGAACCAAUAAGAAACAUGCCUGUCACAGAAUCUGUUUGUGCAGAGGGAUCAUCUCCCAGCAGUGUUAAAAAAGUUUCCUUCGAACCCACAGCAAUGGCAGGAUGUUGCGGCCCAGUUUGAACAUCAGUGGGAUUUCCCCAACUGUGGUGGUGCUAUUGAUGGGAAGCAUGUGAGGAUUGUCCCACCACCCAACUCGGGAUUGUAUUAUUUUAAUUAUAAAGGCUAGUUCUACCGUCGACUCCAGAAUGGCACUAAAUUUGCCACCUGCUGAGGACAACGUUGAGGGCCUCAGUUUUGUGUUUGUGGCAGAUGAGGCCUUUGCUCUGGGGGAACAUCUUAUGAAGCCCUUUCCUAUGAGGAACCUCACCCCAGAGCAGAGAGUUUUUAAUUCUAGGCUCUCUCGUGCCAGAAGGGUGGUUGAAAAUGCCUGUGGUAUACUAACCAGUCGCUUUAGGCUGUUUUUUAUCCUCCAUCAACCUGGCCGAAUAUAAAAUCAACCAUGUUGUGGUGUGCUGCUGCAUCCUACACAAUUUUUUAUAAAGGAAUGCUAGCAGCUAUCUUGCCUCAGUGCCAAGUGAUGUGGACCCUGCAGUGUCAGGCCCAGCUGAAGAGGCUGGGCCUGACAGCUCUUGAAAAUGGCCGUGCUGGGUUGCCCUCCCAAAAUACCCGAGUUAUCCGGCAACAAUACAUGGACUACUUUGUGGGCAGAGGAGCAGUGACUUGGCAGCAAACUGUAGCUGAUCUGGAAUAACUGUUUUAUUUGAUCAUAAACUCCUAUUUCCUUUAAA